GCAGCCUGGGUAGCCGCUGUCCACCAUGGUGUCCCGUGCCCUCUGUGUGUGUCCUCGCAGAGCGCUCCGUCCCCUUCCCCGCCGCCCCGGGCGGAUCCUGAGCCCGGCAACCUGCAGGCAGAGAUCGUCCUUGUCGAGGCCAUCCGGCCCAGGCCCAAUCCUCGUCCCCCAGGUUUCCACCUCCUUAUUUCAGUUAUGCCGCCAGUAUGGAGACCUCCCUCCCCUCACGGUGGAGAACAUUUCAGAACGAGUAUUAUAUGUCUUGAAGUUGUACGAUAAGAUUGACCCUGAAAAGCUGGCUGUGAGCUCGCACUUCAUGAAAAAUCUGGGAUUAGAUAGUUUGGACCAAGUCGAAAUAAUCAUGGCAAUGGAGGAUGAGUUUGGCUUCGAGAUUCAAGACGCAGAUGACGAGAAGUUGAUGACACCACAGGAGAUUGUAGAUUACAUUGCAGAUAAAAAGGAUGUUUAUGAAUGAACAAUACACGUCUCACUCUAUGUUCAUUGAUGCUGUCUCUCUGAAGGUAGUUGGGGUGGGCGUUCUGUGAUCGCGCCUGCAUGCAGUGACUUUGCAACUGCCGUCAGCACUUCUUCCAGAAUCCUGUAUUUAAGCUGUCUGAAUGUGUUGGCCUUUAAUAAAUGUGUACAAAAUGUAAAAAAAAAAAAAAAAAA